AUGGAUGCUCUUCUGUUAGGUGCGCCUCAGCUGACGAGCUGUGAAACCGCAAGACGCAAGUCGUCUGAGGAGUAUACAUCUCGCUAUACGGUUGUAAAGGACUCAUGGAGAGGAAAGUACGUGCGCAUCUUUUGUAUCGGGCCUCAACAAGUGGCAACAAUCAACCCGCAAAGCAUCUUCCGCGUUACUAACAGCUGGGACUACGCGUCUCAGCUCAUCGAUGUUGUGGCGUCUGCGGGUAGUAUGACGGAUUUCACGGUCACCACAGGCAGAACAGGUAAGAUAGACACAAUGCACUUUCAGUGUAGUACCGUCAUGGAGCGUGCGGCGUUGCUCACUGAUGUACAAAGAAACCGCACACUAUUUGAUGUGAGGUACAGGCAGCGUGCCUUUGAUCAUGUGUUUUCUGUUCGCAAGUACUGUUUUGAUGAGAAAUACCGCGAUUGUCGUCUUCGCGUCACCAACGUUGCCGUAGAGCAAUUGAACCACGAUGGAAAUGUGGUGGGAGUGUAUUUAUUUAUGCACAUUAAGGGAUUUACCUCAAUUUUAGACAAUCCACGCACGCUUAUUGUCUUGUAUGGUCCACAGUUAAGGAUGCAUCUGUAUGAAAUGGAUGAUCCGAAGCAGGUGGUAUCCCUUACUGAGGAGUUUGCGAAGCGAUUUAUCGGUCUCCCGCCCUUCCGUGGAGUGCAACAGUUAACGCAGCAGCAAUUUGACUCCGACCGUAUUGGCGUGGAUCGGGCGGAGUUGGCGCCAACGGCUGAGUUCCAUGUGAUUAAAUGGAGUUUAAAACACCCUGACGGUCCCGUGCGGCGCAUUUUAGCGACAACGCAUAAAUGGAUUUUGGAGUUGGAUUCGGCCACGUACACUCCCGUCAGUGCCUUCUUUUUCGCAGACGUUUAUGCGCUUGUGCGCUCUGAGGAGGAUAACCAGCGGUUGAUGAUUCAGUUCAAAGAUCCAGAGAUUACGAAGACGUAUACGUCCCCGAUGCGAGAUGCGCUGCUAGCACACCUCGUGGAUUGUUGUCGUGUGGCCCACAAUUUUAACGUGUGUGUCAUUACAAACCUCUUUGAUCGUGGAAAGCGCGCGGCGCCGUGCGUUACGCCAAUCCCGGAGGAAAUUGAGAGUACACUACUGAACUGCCUCAUUGAUCCCAGCAAAGGCGGUGGCACGUUUUCUAUGACUGUCCCAGAGGUGGUGGAAUUUUUUAAUGCCAACAUCGAGUACAGUGGACUUCGAUUUACCGAGAAUCGUGAGGGACUCUUUGCAGAGAACCGAGAAAAAAUGAUUUGUAGAGCACUUGUCACGUUAUUACAUAACUUUCCAUUGAGUGAUGAUCCGUUGGUCGUGGUGCAGCAGUUUUAUGCCCUCCGACGACUAUGCGUCACACGCAUUGGUUUCAGCUCUGCCGCUAUCGUGCCGUCCUUUAUGAAAACCAUCCAGUCUUUGAGUGUGCGGGCACUAAAAAUGAAUGAUGUUGCCGUUUCUCAUGCGGUAAUUGAUUUCCUUGGUGUUCUCAUGACGCCACAUCACGACCACUAUGAGCUGGCCCAUGAACAAGUGAACAAAAAUCAUCUUCUUGGACAAGAAGAACUCGUACAGCAUUUACUCCGGCUGUUACACGACUACACCACAGCUGAUAGCGCGGCCCUUGUUGUGCAAGCCUUGUUGGAUUUCUUCGUCUACGCCUUGUGCCCGCCUUACUCUGAGACGACGACAUCCACGUUAUUUGUCACUUUGAUGAAAAACUUAAUUGAUAUUGCAGGGAAGGAACUCCUUGUACUCAUGCACCAUAGCUGCGAUGCCAUCAGUUACAGUGUUGGACAGUUGAUUCGUGUUAUUAUGGAGGAGGGAACAAAUGAGCAGUUCCAUGAGAUGCAGCUUGCCGCUCUUAGACAAGGCGGCAUUCUUGGCCAGCUUCAUUUAGCCAUAUUUGGUAACAACCGUGAAACACGCGAUCUUGCCCGCCAACUCAUUGCGUAUUGGACCUACAAAAACACGGACAUGCAAGACCUCUUGCGGUGUAUAUUUCCUCCGGCAUUGUUGAAUUACCUUCAAUCCUCCGAAGAGCCGCCGGAAGAUGAGAAGGAAACGAAACGCCAGAGAAGCGUUGUGGCUAUGACGGAUGAAUUUUGGGAAUCGAAGGAUGGAUUUUUUAAGAAGCGGUUUCACCCAAGCGAGGUUUUGUCGAGAAGUGGGAAUCAGCAUUCAUUGACGAUGCGGAGUGAAAGAGUGGUCAGGCGGGAGAGACUGGUGAAAGUGAAGACGUCACUGAACUGGCCCAUGUUUUUUUAUGAAGCUAAACAAGAUCACAUGCGGGCGGACUUGAUUUGGAACCACAACACAAGAACGGAGUUACGUGAGGCCUUAGAAGCCGAGAUGCAGGCCCUAAAGCUGGAGAUGUCACUAAGCCAAGGAGACCUCACUUCAUGGAAUUUCCGAGAAUUUGAGGUACGAUACCCAAGUCUUGGCAAUGAGCUGAAGGUUGGGCAGCAUUACCCGCGGUUACUUUUUGAGGUGAAAGAUCCACUCAUUUAUAAUCCAAAGGAGUUUUUUAACGACAUGUAUCAUUGUUUUCUCCUUUCACAAGAAACCAAAACAAAGAUGAGUUGCUUGCAUGGCAUGUCGAUUCUAUAUGAACAUUACUCUACGGCAAUUGGACAAUUCAACGAUGUGGAAUACAUUUUGAAGAUGCUGGAGACAACAACGGAUCCCAUCUUUCGGGACCGUUUGCUUCUUUUUAUCCUACAGCUGCUGCGUGCUCGACCCAACAUAAAACUGUUCGUAGACUGCGGUGGAUUAAAACCACUCGUGGAUCUCUUAAUGCUCGCCCAUCUACACGUGGACAGACCUCAGCUUCAAAGCGCGACCAAUGCCAUUGAGCACAAUGUUAGUCCAAUCGAUCUUCAGGAUCAGGAAAAAGAGUGGUACUACACAAAAGAUGGUGUCAAGCAGGAUCCUGUCUCCUACACUCGUCUGAAGCAAUUGUAUGAAGUAGGAGAGGUGAGGAAUGACACAAAAGUUUGGGCGCAAGGAUUAUCAGGCUGGAUGGAGCUAAAGGAUGUUCCCCAAUUACGUUGGGGUAUUGUGGCAUGUAAAAGCAAUAAACUGCUUACGCUAUCAGAAGUAUCUGGUGUCAUCCUUGACAUCUUUUUACUAAUUUGUGCAUCUUUUCCCUCCAAAGAUGAGCACGGCGCCAUUAUGCGGCCUCCUCCUCGGGUAAAACGAUUCCUUUCAAGUCCACAAGUGCUUCCACAUAUUGUGCAAUUACUACUGACCUUCGACCCGGCCUUGUGUACCCGUGUUUGUUCGCUCUUGUAUCUUGUGAUGGAGUACAAUCCGCUCAUGCCGCAUUUUUUCCUGACUGGUGUUUUUUUCUUUGCACUCAUGUACACUGGUUCGGAUAUUCUGUCGCUGUGUCGGCUGCUGUACUUGUCCCAUCGUCAACAGACAUUUCCAUUUCAACACGAUAAUGAAAUUAUACGUCAAAGUAUCCUUAGCACAAUGCUCCCACCAGCACUCGUGUGUUAUCUAACAAAUCAUGGACCUGAACGGUUUGCAGAUGUUUUUCUUGGGGAAUACGAAACACCUGAGGUUGUUUGGGGCAAAGAUAUGAGACGAUAUCUUGUGGAGAAAAUUGCUGCUCACGUUUCCGACUUCACACCACGACUUUUGGGCAACAACCGUGCUGUGUAUCAGUACUGUCCUAUUGUGGGGGUUGUGUACGAACCGCUGCAAGAUGAACUGUUUUGUUCCCAGUAUUACUUGAGACACUUCUGUGACGAGUUGAAGUAUCCAAAUUGGCCUGUUGAAGAUCCUGUUUUCUUUCUCUGCGAGGUGCUGGCGGCGUGGCGGCGUGAGCUUGCAAAGCAGUCGAGUGGUCUCACGCGAGACAAGUGUCUGGUGGAGCUUGAAAUUGUUGACCGCACCAACCUAACACUGCAGGUGGUGCGCAAGGCUUACUUUAGGCUUGCUGCGCAGUAUCACCCGGACAAAAAUUUGGAGGGAAGGGAAAAGUUUGAACGCAUUCAGCGGGCAUACGAAUUUCUCGCUUCCGGUGGGAGGGCGUCAGAUGAACCAAACCCACACAAUAUUGAUCUCUUACUUCGAACACAGUCCAUACUGUUUAGGCGUUUUAGUGACAUGAUGAAGAAGUAUAAGUAUGCAGGGUAUGCGCUGCUGCUGAAGCUUGUCAGUAUGGAGUACGGUGACCCAGAAAUGUUGCACAAAGAUGUUGUGCUCAUGGAACCAGCGACGGAGUUAUGUUACUUUACUGUACAAAACGUUCCACUAAACGCCGAUGAGUUGCAAGAAGAAGGUGGCAUUGAACUCUUAUCAAGUGUCACCCAGCGCUGUUUUGAGAUGAUUACCCCAAAUGCCACUGAUGACUUAAACCAGGUGAAAAUUGUGCGGCAUUGCAUGCUUACCUUUUGCGUAGCCGCUGCAUUCUCGGACUGUCGUCUGCAUAUUAUAGCGGAACCUACCAUCUGCCAUUUUGUCGCCAAGGGCAUCGCAUAUGAGAAGGCUCCGGGACUCUCCCGCGCCUGUAUUCAGGCAUGCCAAGCUUUCUGUGUGGACGAGAUUUUGCAGGAAAGGCUUUUGAACUCUGGUGCUAUUUGGCACUUGCUACUUUUUCUAUUUCGGUACGAUUACACAUUGAAUGAGAAUGGUUUGGAACUUCAGGAAGAACAUCAUACUCAACUGUUUGCAAACAAGGCAGCCAUUUACGCCUUGAAGGCCAUCUAUGCAUUGGCUGGAAUUUGUCCGAGUGAUGCGUAUAUGCAGACAAAACCCAACGCUGAUGUUUUCUUAUUAUUGCAGAAGCUACUGACACCUUACAUUGUGCAGCGAAUGCGAUUGUUUCCCGGGGGUGAGAAGGAACUGCUACAACUACUAAACAGCAAUCACAGAACGCCGUAUUUGAUGUGGGACAACACAACACGGCAGGAGCUCAUAGAGGUACUUAAAGCAAACUCAGAAAAAUGCCGUGAUGCUGGCAUAUUUACCGAAGAUAUUACACCCUUGUCAAGCUGUGAUGUUCGUUACUCCAUUCAUAGGAAUGAACUUAUUGUUGGGGGAAUGUUUGUGCGCAUGUAUAAUGAGCAACCAAACUUUGUGGUGGAGGAUCCCGUGGCAUUUUGUGAAGCCAUGAUCAAGUUCCUGGAGUAUCAGUUAACAAGAGACAUCACAACUGGUGUUGCCUUAACCUUAGAAGCUUUGAAAAAUUUGUUAGUUGCCUAUGCAACAGUUGGAGUCUUGAACACUUUGACGCAUCAUGUUGAGGUAUUGAUAAGGGGGUUACUAUAUACAGACAUUACCGUUAUUGUCAAGUUGCUGGAGCUACUUGAGAAGGUUGCCCUUCAUUGUGAAUGCCUGCAGGCUAUAGGUAAGGUGAACUGUGCCGUGGCAUACGUCAUAUUAGCUAUGGAUCAUGGUGGUGAGAAGGUGGAACCACAUUGUUUGGCGUUUCUGCGGUCUGCUUUGGCGGAUCGUGGUGUGGUACAACAAGCAUUGGAUCGAGGCUUGUAUGCUGUGCUGCUUCGUAGUUUUGGGACCACCACCUUGCUAGAGUGCAGAGAUAAUGUUUGUGCCUCUCUUGCAAAGGCCUGUUCAGACAAGCUAUGUGGACCCAAGGUGUUUUUGCGAGCCUCCAAGCUUAUUCCUUCCGUGAUGCUUGAAAUGAUGAAGGAGAAUAUCGCAAAUGCCUGCCAGUUAUUUGACACUUGGCAGGAAACACCAGAGUUGGUGUGGACAAAGGAGCGUCGAUCACGUUUUGUGGAGGUUUGUACAGCGUGCCAAUCUGAUAUUGUGGCUCUACUACGGCAUGAUCCAACGGCCUAUUGGAAGAUUCCAGAGAACAUUCUGAUGGAAAGAAAUGAGGAGUUGCAACUUGGUGGAGUGUACUUGGAACGGUACCUUAAUCAGCCGGGGUGGAAAGUGCGAAAACCCAAGGAAUUCCUUGCAGAACUAUUGGACCACUUUGUAGAGGAGUGUGGGCGAGCGACGGGGGAGCAAAAUGCGGAGCUGAUUUCUAUCAUUGCUGAUUCUGGUGUUCGUCUGUUGCAGACAACCCCCACUGUGGCCGAUUAUGUUGUCCCACUUGGGUAUGCACAUAAGUUGUUUAAGUUAUUGGAGUUGGAAGACAAGGUGAUCGUGGAGAAUGCCUUAAAAUGGGUACAUGAGAUAUGUGACUCCCGUUUGUGUGUUGAAAGUCUUGUGAAUUUCGACCCUGUCUCAUCGCUUAUUAUCUGUUUGCGGGCACAUAUGCUACAGCUUCCACUGAUCAUGGAUACCAUGGAUCGACUAUUCUUGCGGUCUUCGGGGUUGGUCAACAUGAUCCGACUUGCCCUUCGCAAUCGACUGCCGCAGUAUUUGUUACAGCUUCUUGGAGACGGCGUUACACCAGACACAUGUAAGGAUCAAUCUCCAGCGGCAGUACGGGCUUUAAUCAUUAAAACGCUAAAGACUAUGGUGAGCAUUCAGGAUCAUUUGUAUGGCGCCCAGUUGGAAGCUGUCCUUGCAGAAAGCACAGUAUGGGUAAAGUACAAGAAUCAAAGUCAUGAUCUUUUUCUAUCUGACACACGCCUUGGUGGGUACUUGGAGGGUCCUCACCACCCAACUCAGAUGUUGCUCUCUCUUACUACCGCACCCUUGCCAGAAGAGGGCAACAGCAAUGAACCUCCACCUGUUUGA